AGCCAUGGCGGCCGAAUGGGACGGAGUCCUCCUCACCUACCAGCGCGGCGGCUGCGUCGCCGCCUUCCAGCGAGAGCUGGAGGUUCGCCGGCUGCGGGGCGGCCUGGGCCCCCGCCCGCCCCCGCUCCUCCUGGCCGUGGAGGAUCCCUGGCACCAGCUGGGCAGCGGCGGAGCCACCCUCAACGCCUUGCUGGUGGCGGCAGAGCACCUCAGCGCCAGGGCGGGCUGCACGGUGGUGAGCUCAGACGUCCUGAGGGAAGCUCGGAUCCUCAUCCUGCACAUGGGCCGAGACUUCUCCUUUGAUGACUGUGGCAGGGCCUUCACCUGCCUGCCCGUGGAGGAGCCCAGUGCCCCAGCUGAGGCUCUGGUCUGCAACCUGGACAGCUUGCUGGAGACCAUGACACACCGGCUCUGCGUGGGCUCUCCCCCGGGCGUGUGGGUCUGCAGCACAGACAUGCUCCUCACCGUGCCCUCAGAACCAGGGAUCGACUGGGAUGGCUUCCAGGGGGUCAGAGUGAUUGCAGUGCCCGGGAGCCAGAUGUAUGCCAGGUGCCACGGAGUCUACCUCGCUGACGAGCAGGGGCUGGUCCAUGACAUCAUCUACAAGGGCACAGAGGCCCAGAUCCGGCAGUGCGCGGGGCCCGACGGCACCGUCCCCCUGGUAGGGCACAGCUGGGGUGCUGGUGGCCGUGCCAGCCCUGCCCCCUGCGUGGCCACGGCUGUGACCUCGGCCCUGCUGUGCCCUCGGCAGGUCUGUGGGGUGGUUUUCUUCUCCUCGGAUGCUGCCGAGCAGCUGCUGGCCACUCACGUCAUCCCUCCUCUGGAUGCCUGCACCUACCUGGGGCUGGACUCGGGGGCACCACCCAUCCAGCUCUCCCUCUUCUUCGACAUGGUGCUGUGCAUGGCAGCAGGGGUGACAGAGGAGGGCUUCGUGAAGGGUGGCAGCGAUGCCAGCGUGAGGAGUGCCCGCUCGGUGCUGUGGGCAGCGCUCCGUGCCUUCCCUCUCAGCAUGGCCUGCAUCUCCAAGGCAUCCUACGACUACCUGAGCACCUCUGCCAGCGACCACAUCCGCAGCCUGACGCUGCUGCCCACCUCUGCCAGCCACUUCCACUUCUGCCCAACAGCCCAUGCCCACCUGGAUCAACCCUGGCUCCUGGAGGAAGGUUCUGCAGUCACCAACUGCCUGCUGGAAGGAGCUGUGCGGCUGGCGGCUGGCAGCGUCAUCCAGCACUGCCACCUCCAGGGUCCCCUGGAGAUCGGUCCUGGCUGCCUCAUCUCGGGCCUGAGCUCAGGCUGCUCAGCAGCCCUGCAGGGCUGUCCCUUGCGCGACGUCGUCCUUCAGGGCCACCAUGUGCGGCUGCACGCCCUGCCCUGCCGCGUCUUCACCCUCACCGGCCGCCUCGACGACUGGCAGAGCCCUCUUGAAGAGGCCACCUACCUGAACGUGCCCUGGGCUGAGUUCUUCCGCCGGACGGGCAUACGGGCAGGGGACCUGUGGGCCGCGGAGGCGCCGGCGAGCAGCCGCUGCCUGCUGAACGCGAGGCUGUUCCCGGUGCUGCACGCCCGCCAGGCGCUGGGGCUGCCGGAUCUGCUGUGGCUGCUGGCCCCGACGGUGCCCGGCGAGCAGCUGGCACGCUGGAGGGCAGCCUGGCGCAUGUCCUGGCAAGAGCUGUUGCCCUGCCUGGACAAGGCAGCCGAGUUGGGUGCCCGCAGGGAGCUCUUCUUCCUGCAGGCACAGCGCAAGGUGCGGAGGGUGCUGCUGGGGCGCCAGGACAGCAGCCUCCUGCCCCUCGCCUGCAGUGCUGUCCAUGAGGGCUACCACGAGGCCGUGCUGGGCACGCUGGAUGAGGUGGCCUCCGGGAGCGGUGACGCUGGCAUCGCCGCACGGGCGCUGGCCUGCGUGGCAGAGGUGCUGGGCUGCAUGGCACGGGGGGAGGGCGGCCUGCGGAGCGGCCCCGCUGCCAACCGCGAGUGGGCUCCUGCCCUGCGGCGCCUGGAGAGCGGAGACCUGGCCGGCGGCGUGCGGCUGCUGGCUGCGGAGAGGCGCAAGUGGAUGAGCAGCCCGGCCCUGCUGGUGCGAGCAGCUCGGCACUACGAGGGGGCAGAGCAGAUCCUGGUGCGGCAGGCGGUGAUGUCCUCCUGCCAGUUUGUCAGCGUGGGGCAGACGGAGCUGCCACCCGUGGGGCACUGGGUGCAGGUGACCUGCCCAGCCCGCUUGGACCUCUCCGGUGGCUGGAGUGACACCCCCCCCAUCAGCUACGAGCACGGCGGGGCCGUGGUGGACGUGGCGGUGCUGGUGGACGGGCGCAGGCCCAUCGGGGCGCGGGCGCGGCGCAUCGGCCAGCCCCAGCUGCGCCUGCUCAGCCUGGGGGCCAGCACCAGCCAGCUGCUGUGCCAGGAGCUGGAGGACCUGCAGGAUUACUGCCAGCCCCAUGCACCAGGAGCCCUGCUGAAAGCUGCCUUCAUCUGCACCCAGGUGGUGCAGUUCCCCUCCGAGAAACCCCUCAGGGUCCAGCUCAUGGAGAACUUCGGGGGUGGCUUUGAAGUGCACACUUGGUCCGACCUGCCCCAUGGCUCCGGCCUUGGCACCAGCAGCAUCCUGGCAGGAGCGGUGAUGGCUUCGCUGUACCGAGCAGCUGGGAAGGUUGCCAGCACCGAGUCUCUCAUCCACGCUGUGCUGCACCUGGAGCAGAGGCUCACAACAGGUGGUGGCUGGCAGGACCAAGUGGGGGGGCUCAUGCCUGGCAUCAAAAUCGGGCGGUCGAAAGCCCAGCUGCCGCUCAGGGUGGAGGUGGAGAAGAUCUCAGUGCCUGAGGGCUUCACCCAGACCCUCAACGACCACCUUCUGCUGGUCUACACGGGCAAGACUCGCCUGGCACGCAACCUGCUGCAGGACGUGGUGAGGAACUGGUAUGCCAGGCUGCCCUCCAUCGUGCAGAAUGCCAACGCGCUGGUGAGCAACGCCGAGGAGUGUGCCCGGGCCUUGAGGCAAGGUGACCUGCCGCUCCUCGGCCAGUGCCUGGAGCGCUACUGGCAGCAGAAGAAGUGCAUGGCCCCCGGGUGCCAGCCGCUGGCCGUGGGGCGCAUGAUGGCAGCUCUGCAGCCCCACGUCUACGGGCAGUGCCUGGCUGGGGCUGGGGGUGGAGGCUUCCUCUACGUCUUAACCAAAGCCCCUGGGCAGAAAGAGGCUUUGCAACAGGUCCUAGCACAAACUCAGGGACUGGGCAACUUCAGCAUCCACAGCAUCCAAGUGGACACAGGUGGUUUCUCUGUGGAGGUGUUGGGAUGUGAGCCAGAGGAUUCUACUCACCUGGGAGAGGACAGGGCUGUGUGAAGGACUUCCCUGAGCUGCUCCUGCCUGCCAGGCAGGGCAGGGAGCAGCUUUCUGAAGUGGGGGAACUCCUCACUGCUUCAGAGGCAGCUCCAGCAGGUGCCUUAAAGCCUUUUUUUAUGCUGCUACUUUAACUCCCAAAACCACAGAGGCUGGAGAAGCUGUAACAAGUUGGGCAAGCAAAGCCACUCCUAGGGCCUCCAGGCUGGUUUUGGGGGCUUCACUCCAGUUUCCCUGGCUCUCCAAAGGCACAAGAACAGCAGUUCUGAUGCUGCUUCUAGCAGGAGCCUCCCUGCAAUGCUCCUGCACCAAGGAUGCACCUGGAUGUGGGUCCAAGCUCCUCUCCCAUGCCGAAGGACUGUUUCUGCAGUGAGUUCCUAGACCCUGCAGGCUCUUUGACUUAAAAAGCCUUGCUCCCAGCA